GAAGAUCGUUUCCCCUGUAUGUGUCCUGCGUCCAUUUCCUUCGAAGCCGAUGGCCAACAUUCGCAACAUCGUAACCGCCGAAAGAACGACUUCCUUCUUCUCCGGAGCAGUUUACGCAUCAGCAGCAUCAUCAACAACAAUCUCUAGUGGCGGCGGCUGCUGCUGCUGCUGCCGAUUUUGAAGUGGCCUAGAAUCUUCACAAUUUCACCGAGCGAUAGAGACAGACGCGUGCCGAAAUCAGUGUUGCGAACCAUGUUGGAGCAAGUGGACGUAUAAUCUGGAAGGAAGACAUCUGUUCUGUGUGUGUGUGUGUGUCUUUGCUGCCUGCUUGAGUUUUCGGGAAAAAAGGUUUGCGGCACGCAAUCCGCGAUGAGUGAUAUCUGUAACGAGUGCGAGUGAGGUACGUGCGUGUACUAUACGUGCAGGUCAAUCAGGGUAGCCAUGGAUCUGUUCGAUACUGGUCAUCCGGAGCACAGCAACUUCACCAACAACGGAUCCAGCGAUGCGAUACCGCUCUACACCGGAUAUCCACGGGUGCUGCUCAACAUCGCAACGGUGACGUGCAUCGCGUACAUGGUCGUCGGCGUGCCGGGCAAUCUGCUGACAAUAGUGGCCUUGGUCAAGAGUAAGAAGACGCGGAACGCAACGGCCGUCUUCAUUAUGAAUUUAUCGUUCUCCGAUUUGCUGUUCUGCUGCUUCAACCUGCCGCUGGCCGCGAGCACCUUCUGGCACCAGGCCUGGCUGUAUGGGGAUUUGUUCUGCCGGCUGCUUCCGAUGAUGCGGUACGGGCUGCUGGCGGUCUCGCUGUUUACCAUACUGGCCAUCACAAUUAAUCGCUACAUUAUGAUCGGCCAUCAGCGGCUGUAUCAAAGAAUCUAUCGUACGAAAAAUCUCUGUCUGAUGGUGGCGUUUACCUGGAUACUUGGCUUCGGUUCGCUGCUGCCCACGUGGCACGAAAAGUGGGGCAAGUUUGGACUCGACAUUAACAUUCACUCCUGCUCGAUACUGCCUGAUAGUCAGAACAACUCACCGAAACAGUUCCUGUUUUUCAUCGCGUUCGCCCUGCCCUGUCUGGCGAUCAUCGUUUGUUACGCACGAAUAUUCUACAUUGUACGAUCGACCGCGCUGCGAACCAAAGAUCUGCCUGGCGACAAUCUGGACGAAAACAGCGUGGAGGACGUGUCCAGUGCAGUGAGCAACCAGCAGCAACAACCAGCCCCGCAUCCGGGCCAGUACGCCGGCUCGUCAGCAACGAUCACUCCGGAGAAGGAUCAGCCAGCACCGCCGCCCUUGUCGUACAUCAACUUUAGUCAACACGACGCCGACUGGCACUACAUCGAUUCAAGCACGGAGAAUGAAAUAUUCUGCAGCACCACCUCGUCGACGGAGGAUGUCUCACACCGGGCAGUGGAUGUGAAGCCGACCCAAAACCACCACACGAUCGUCGAUCGCUGCGAUUGUAGUGGCAAUAGGAGUCCGCCAGACCAAACCGAGGAGGAAGGAUAUCUGGAGAAUAGCAACGUGAAGUCGCGCAAUCAGCCACGGUACGCAAACGCAUCCGGGCCGGGGGUAAGGCGCAACGCGAGCAAUGUAAAUGCGCGAAAGCGCAAGAAGCAUCUGAACACAUCCGGCGCCUCGAUCAUGAGCGCGGGCAAGAUGUCCGCCAAGGACAAGAAGCUGCUGCAGAUGAUACUGGUGAUCUUUCUGGCGUUUCUCGUGUGCUAUCUACCGAUCACGGUGGUGAAGCUGUUCCGUCCCAGCGUGCAGGUGCUGAACGUGGUGUCGUAUCUGCUGAUCUACCUGACCACCUGCAUCAAUCCCAUCAUCUACGUGGUAAUGUCGCGCGAGUACCGGCAGGCGUAUUCCGAUCUGGUGCUCUGCCGUACGUACGAGAUCGCUAAAAGCAAAUGCAAGCAGCAUAAAGCGGCCAACGUGCUUCGCUUUGCGUCGAAGUGUUAACAUAGGGGGCACGAGGAGUGCGAUUAGACGAAAAAGAAGAAAGAAAGAAAAGUUCACCCAAAGCUAGUCCUUUGUAUCUGUGUUCUAGGUGUAGUAUCGUAAUCGUAUCGUAAGUAGUUCAACCAUUGUACGAAGAUCAGGAAUCAUGCGCAUUUAGUAACGGCUUGCGAAACAGUCGACCCAUCUAGCUUACAUUUUCUGUUUGGGAACGAGGUGACAUUGGUGUUCAUGUUUUUGAUAGGGGAUUUUCUGUUGCAACGACGGGGAUAAGCCAUAAGCCAUUUAGUAUCUUCGGUGUCUCGUUAGAAAAGAAGAGCGGAAUUCAGCAGCAGCCUACAUGUGGUAAACGUUAGAUGGUGUAUUUGAGGUCUUGUCUUGUUCAUGUUUUCAUUCGUUUUCGCAUAAAGAUUCAUUUUACAGACAAAA